UGUGUUUCUACUUCCUCAUUUUGCCUAAAAUGUACGUCAACAUAUUGUGUCUGACGUUGAUGUUGGCUUUGACAUGUGUAUCAGCACAGGUUCCACCAUUUACUGAGAAGUGUGUACAAGGCACUUACCCUCCUGAUCUAAGUCGGAAAGUGCCAACAGUUAUCAUAAACCUAGAUCUAAAACCACAAGACAGAUGGACCCAUGUUGUGAAAGAUAUGAAACCACAGAUUGAAGACUUACUUGUUGCCUUCAAGAGUUUCAUCAGAGAUUUUGGGAACUGGACUGAAGCUAUCAUAAAGCUUGUGGACAAUGAUUUUGGUUAUUUAGCAGAUGAACUUCCAGCUCCUUAUGGCGAUGAGUUGAAAGGAAUUGCGACUGCUUCUGGACUGCCAUUGGGUGAAGUGGUACUGUACAACAUCUUCUAUGAGAUCUUCACUGUAUGUACAUCUAUAGUUGGGCAAGACUUGAAUGGAAGGAUGUACCAUGCCAGAAACCUGGACUUUGGUCUCUUUCUUGGCUGGGACAUUAAAAACAACACAUGGGAAAUAACAGAGAAGUUACGCCCCACUAUCAGGAUUCUGGAGUUUCAGAGAAGUGGUAAAACAUUGUACAAAACUGUCAACUAUCUUGGCUACAUUGGUGUAUUGACCGGGAUUAGACCUGGAGUGUUUACAUUGACUAUGAAUGAAAGAUUCAACAUUGAUGGUGGAUUUGUGGGAAUCUUUGAGUGGUUGCUAGGUAACCACACUGGCCAAUGGAUGAGUUUCCUCACCCGCGACACCCUUGAGCAGGCUGCUAGCUACGAUGAUGCUAAAGAUAGACUGGCAAACACCCCAAUGUUGGCUCCUGCAUAUUAUAUACUUGGGGGCACAAAACCUGGGCAGGGAUGCGUCAUCACAAGAUCUCGCCAGAAGGCUAUUGAUGUCUGGGAGAUGUCAUCCCAACCUGCUAACUCAUGGUAUAUACUGGAGACCAACUAUGACCAUUGGAAGAAGCCAAUGUUCCUCGACGACAGACGAACACCUGCAAAUAAGUGCAUGCAGAAACUGACGCAAAAAGGAAUGGGUAUUGCAGGCAUAUAUGAUGUGCUGUCCUCCAAACCUGUGCUAAACAAGUUGACGACAUACACUGCUCUGAUGCAAGUUGACUCAGGUCAUCUUGAAUGCUGGCUGCAGUACUGUCCGGACCCCUGCUACCCAUUCUAAGCAUCUGGACCCCUUCAACACAUUCUAAGCAUCACAAAACUCCAGCAAGGUCACAUACUUCAUGCUUUUUCCUGUAAUACCAUGAAAUGAGAGGAACAAGUAUGGAUUAUAGGAACUAACAUGAUGUUAACAUUCUGUGAUAUGAUUUCAAUGCUCAAUGAUAAUUU